GCGCAGGCCGCGGGGCCCGAGCCGGGGGGAGCGGGCGAGCGGAGGCGCCGGGAUCCGAUUCACUCGCUGGGGAGACCUAUGGGCCGAAGCCGUGUAAAUGCGUUUUAAGGCGAGUGCGGGGAGUGGCUCGGGGAGCCUCCGGGAGCGGGCGCCCCCGGCUCCAGUGCUGACCGGCCCCCGGCCCCCUUGCCUCCUCCCAGCAGGGGCCUCGGCUCCGCAACUGCCACUCCUCCUCGGGGUGUUGCACAAGUUUCGAGGUCACCGGCGACCCCCCCUAGCAGCGCGCCUGGCUCUGGCCCCCGCGAAGGAGGACGGGGCUUGUGUGUUGCAUACUUUCUAAGGCGGCGGGGCGGCGGCUGCAUCCAGGCCAUCGGCUCCUCCUCCUCGGCAUGGCUGGCUACUUGAGCGAAACCGACUUUGUGAUGGUGGAGGAGGGCUUCAGCACCGGAGACCUGUUGGAGGAGCUCACUCUGGGGGCCUCACAGGCCACCGCGGGUGACGUGGCUGCCUUCUUCGUGGCCGACCUCGGUGCUGUCGUGAGGAAGCACUUCUGUCUUCUGAAGUGCCUGCCACGAAUCCGGCCCUUCUACACUGUCAAGUGCAACAGCAGCCCGGGUGUGCUGAAAGUCCUGGCCGAGCUGGGGCUGGGCUUCAGCUGUGCCAACAAGGCAGAGAUGGAGUUGGUCCAGCGUAUUGGCGUCCCUGCCAGUAAGAUCGUCUACGCCAACCCCUGUAAGCAAAUUGCACAGAUCAAGUAUGCUGCCAAGCAUGGGGUCCGGCUGCUGAGCUUUGACAACGAGGUGGAGCUGGCAAAGGUGGUAAAGAGCCACCCCAGUGCCAAGAUGGUUCUGUGCAUUGCUACUGAUGACUCUCACUCCCUGAGCCACCUGAGCUUCAAGUUUGGAGCAUCGCUGAAAUCCUGCAGACACCUGCUUGAAAAUGCCAAGAGGAGCCACGUGGAGGUGGUGGGGGUGAGUUUUCAUGUUGGCAGUGGCUGUCCUGACCUUCACGCCUAUACUCAGUCCAUCGCAGAUGCCCGUCUUGUGUUUGAAAUGGGCGCUGAGCUGGGCCACAGGAUGCACAUCCUGGACGUUGGUGGUGGCUUCCCUGGAUUGGAGGGGGCCAAAGUGAGAUUUGAAGAGAUUGCUACUGUGAUCAACUCAGCCUUGGACCUGUACUUCCCAGAGGGCUGUGGUGUGGACAUCCUUGCCAGGCUGGGGCGCUACUAUGUGACUUCGGCCUUCACUUUGGCAGUCAGCAUCAUUGCCAAGAAGGAGGUUCUUCUAGACCAGCCUGGAAGGGAGGAGGAAACCGGUUCCACCCCCAAGACCAUCGUGUACCACCUCGGUGAGGGCGUGUAUGGAAUCUUCAACUCGGUCCUGUUUGACAACACCUGCCCCACCCCCAUCCUGCAGAAGAAAUCAUCCAUGGAGCAGCCCCUGUACAGCAGCAGCCUGUGGGGCCCUGUGGCUGAUGGCAGUGACUGCGUAGCUGAGGGCCUGUGGCUGCCACAACUACAUGUAGGGGACUGGCUGGUCUUUGAGAACAUGGGCGCCUACACUGUGGGCAUGGGUUCCCUCUUUGGGGGGACCCAGACCUGCCGAGUCACCUAUGCCAUGUCCCGGGUGGCCUGGGAAGCACUUCGAGGGCAGCUGCUGCCUGCAGAACAAGACGAGGACACCGAGGGCAUGUGCAAGCCUCUAUCCUGUGGCUGGGAGAUCACAGACACCUUGUGCGUGGGCCCUGUCUUCACUCCAGCGAGCAUCAUGUGAGCGGACCCUGUCCCCCCUCCGGAGAACUCCAGCGGGGCCGCAGAGAUGCCUCUGGGAGAUGUGGGAAAGGCAGCAGGCAGGGGCACCCUCUGGCCAGGACUCUGGUGCUCACUCUGCUGCCCCCCACACUCCACCUGUAGUGUUUCUGCCCUGUAAAUAGGACCAGUCUUACACUCGCUGUAGUUCAAGUAUGCAACAUAAAUCCUGUCCCUUCCAGCUGUGUCGCUUCCUCUGCAGCGCAAGGGGCCUGGUCAGCCAGGUGUGGGGGUGUUCUUGGGGUCUCCCUUGGUCUCCUUUCCACCUUUGUAAAUAUGAAGCAAAUAAAUAUUUAGGUUUUUUAAAAAUAACCCAGUGGAAUCUAGCAGUUCAAUUCACAAAGCAGCCCGGGCUAGGCCAGGGCUGAGACUUUCUCACCCUACACUGAUGACCCCAUGCCCUCUGCUUCAGUCCUGACAUAGCUGCAGUGUGGGCAUCUCCCUCUGGCAUCCAGCUUCUCUGACUAAUCUCUUUCCUCUGCAUAGGCUGCCAUGCUUGAUGUCAUGAGGAAGAGUGAACUGUUAGGGGUUGGGGCAGGGGUCAGAAUUACCAUCCUACAGCCCUAGGGCUGCAGCUCCUGACUUGUGAGGGGCCUCUAUGUGAACCCAACACCCAGCCCAAGGCCUGGCUCAAUGUAGGGAUGACAUUACCUGACACAGCUUUGGAAAUUCAUACCAAAGAUAAAGGGCAGAUGGGUAUCAGGAGAUGUUCUGAGGAGACCCUGCCCCUAACCGUCCCUGCAGGUCUGCAAGGCAGUAAGACUAAUGCAGAUAUGGAGCGGCUGGUUUUGCUUAUUCAGGCAGUAAAUGCCAGAACAGAGCUGGCCAUGGAGCACUGCCAUGUCCAGUGCCAAGGGCCCUUCAACUAGAAGUCCAUUGUCAAGAUAAAGGCUCCUUCACAGCGCUAGGGUCCCAGGCUAUUCACCUGGGGUGUGUGGGCUGCUUAGCAAAGGAGAUCAGAUUCUAGAGUCCUCAGCUACAAUGGGUACCUGAAAGAUUUUUCUUCUGCAAUUAAAAAAAAACCCUGAAAUAUAAAAUUAUCAUGCCUUAAAACCCACCCUUUUCAAAGUAUAGAAUUCAGUUGUUUUUUACUAUAUUUAGAGUUUGCACAACCAUCACUACUGUCCAAUCCAGAACACGUCCAUUUUCUUUAAGAAACUGGCAUUCGUGCCUCAUUUGCCCCUUCCCCAGCCCCUGGCAUUCACUAAUCUACUGCCCAUCCCUGUGGAUUUACCUGUUCUGGACAUAUCGUUGAAUAUUUUUACCUUCACUUGAGCUUCUCCUAGGUAAGCCUGGUACGUGGGGUUUUUUCCCCCUGCACUGCCAAGCAAUUCUCUGACACCAGCUGGGUGUCCAGCAAUUCAAUUUGAUCCUGACACUAUCUACCUGGAGAUAGCUUCAGAUCCCACAGGUUAAGGGCUCAGUCCUACAAGACUCCCCACUCUUCCCCCACUUCAGACACCAAUCACCAAAUCCAGGUUGUGACGUGUGUUGGGAUGAACCGGCUAUAGAGUGGAGGUUCUAAUAACCCUCUUCCUUGGGUUCAUUUAAUUUGCUAAAGUGGCUCACAGAACUCAGGGAAACA